AUGCCUCCCAAGAUUGAGGCCAAGGAGAUUGAGACGUACUGGAACAUAUUCUCCGACCGGACGGGCGGCGGCCAGUACCUGACGGGCGAACAAGCCGCGCCGGUGCUGAAGAACAGCGGCCUGCGCGACGACCAGCUGGAACGGGUAUGGGACCUGGCCGACGUCGACAACGAUGGCAACCUCGACUUUGAGGAGUUUUGCGUCGCCAUGCGCGUCAUCUUUGACGUCCUGAAUGGGGAAUAUGCCGAUGUGCCCAAGUCGCUGCCGGACUGGCUCGUCCCCGAGUCCAAGGCUCACCUCGUGCAGGCCAGCCGCGCCAUCACGGGCAAGCAGCCGCAGUUUGAGCAGGUCGAGGACGACUCGGACGACCAGGGGCUCAAGGACGGAUUCGACUGGUACAUGAGCCCGCAGGACAAGGCCAAGUACGAGCAAAUCUACCAGGAGAACCGCGACAUGCGGGGCGAGCUAUCAUUCAAUGCCCUCGAAGACCUGUACGGCUCGCUCGACGUGCCCGAUACCGACAUCCGCUCGGCGUGGAACCUCGUCAACCCGUCCGCCGGCUCUACCAUCAACAAGGAUGCCUGUCUCGCGUUCCUGCACAUCCUCAACAACCGCCACGAGGGGUUCCGCAUCCCGCGCACCGUGCCCGCGUCCCUGCGGUCGAGCUUCGAGCGUAACCAGAUAGACUAUCAGCUCGACAACCAACGGACGGGUGCGGCUUCGCGGUGGGCAGCCAAGGCUGACGACAACACGGCCACGGGGCGCAAAGCCAAGUUCGGCGACCAGUACCUGACGAGGCUCGGCCGGAGCGGGUUCAAGGCGACGGGAACCGACUUUUCGACGGAGAAGACAGAGGACUGGGAGGAGGUGCGGUUGAAGCGCCAGCUACAGGACCUCGACGCCAAGAUCCAAAAGGUCGAGGAUAUUGCCGAGCGGCGGAAGGGCGGCAAGCGGGACUCCAAGCCGGCGCUCGUCAAGAGGGAGCUGGACCAGCUGCUGGACUACAAGCGCAAAGAGCUGCGGGAGCUGGAGGAGGGCAAGGGGAAGAGCGCGGCGGGGAGCGGUCUCAAGAGCAUAUCCGACGACCUGCAGACGGUGCGGGAGCAGGUGGAGGGGCUGGAGACGCACCUGCGGUCGAGGCAGGACGUGUUGGACGACCUGCGGAGGCAGAUUGACGCGGAGAAGGCGGGUUAG